AUGAAGCCCGUUCUUUGGUUGUCGACCAUCUUCAAUGUCGCAGGGGCCCUUCCCGGCUUCUCCAAUGGCGCUUCAGCUCCUACUGUUGACCUUGGAUAUGCCAAAUAUCAAGGCACGCGUCUUCCGGGAGGAGUGGAUCAAUUCUUGGGUAUGCGCUAUGCAGCUCCUCCAUUGGCAGAUCUCCGAUUCCGAGCACCUCAGGAUCCUGUGAAGAAUAGCACAUUGCAAGCUGCCACCAAGUAUGGACCAAUUUGCAUUGGGGUGGGCCAAGAUGACAACCCUAGUGAAUGGACAGAGGAUUGCCUGUUCAUCAACGUCUUCAAGCCUUCUACAGCCACGGCCAAGUCAAAGCUACCAGUAUGGUUUUUUAUCCAGGGAGGGGGGUAUGCACAGAACUCGAAUGCAAAUUAUAAUGGCACAACUGUCGUGGAGGAGUCCGGACAAGGGCUUGUGUUUGUCACGCUCAACUACAGGGUCGGCGCCUUGGGCUUCCUGGCUAGUGAGGAGGUAAGGAAGAACGGCGACUUGAAUGUGGGUUUGCUAGACCAACGAAAGGCUCUUCAUUGGAUCAAACAGCACAUCGCAUCGUUUGGCGGAGACCCAGACCACAUCGUAAUUCACGGUGUCUCUGCAGGCGCAGGAUCGGUCGCAUUCCAUCUGACUGCAUUUGGAGGUAAAGAUGAGAAGUUAUUUGUCGGCGCCGUGGUUGAAUCAUCGUUUUGGCCCACGCAAAGGACGGUCGCUGAGAUGGAAUUCCAAUAUGACCGAUUCGUUGAUGAGACCGGCUGUUCCAAUGCAAGUGAACCGCUGCAAUGCUUGCGACAAAGCGACAUUGCGACCCUUCAACGUGCCAACACCGCUGCUCCCUUUCCGGGGGGCAGCAGUAGUCCACUUCCCGAUUGGUACUGGUUGCCGGUAACGGAUGGCUCUCUUGUCCCUGAGCUUCUAUAUGAUGCCUUCAAAAAGGGUCAUUUCAUCAAGGUCCCGACCCUGGUGGGUGAUGACACAGACGAAGGCUCGAACUUUGCCUACAACGCCAGUACACGCUCGGACGUGUCGCAGUUCUUCAAGAACAAUUACCCUCACUUAACCGACGCACAGCUGGGAACAAUUCUGGACGCCUAUCCCCAUGGAACCCCCUUACCCAAGCAUGGAGCCUGGUUCAGAACCUCGUCGGAUGCUUACGGGGAUUCGACUUUUACGUGUCCCGGCAACCAUCUCACGGUGUCCGUCGCCAAAUACCUUCCGCAGUCGACAUGGAACUACCGAGUCAAUAUUCUCGAUCAGUCUAAUUUGGCUGGCGGCAUUGGAGUGCCACAUACUUUUGAACUCCCCGCAAUCUUUGGGGCAGGGAGUACCGGGGCCCUUAGUAGCAGCUCCUCAUAUCUCACCUACAACGCGGGCAUUAUCCCGGUGACCAUGCACUAUUUCAUCAGUUUUGCCAUCAAGCUCAAUCCAAAUCCACUGCGAUAUGGCGGUGCGCCCAAGUGGAACACCUGGGGUAGUGGAUCACGCAUGCGGUUGCAGACAAACAGCACCGCCAUGGAGGAGGUGCCUGCAUUGUCGGUGCGGCGCUGCCAGUUGUGGGAGGACCUGAGUGAGACAACCGAGGUGUAG